AUGAUCUCUUACGUCGUUGGAUUGGUAUAAUAUUAUAAUUAAAGUCCUUAUUACCCGGCAAUUAUAAUAAAAAAUAAUGAGUUGUAGAUUAGAGCGAUGAAUGAUGAAAAUAAAUUCGAAGUGAUAUCCUGCAGGUUAGAUUUACCAGAUUUAGCUAUAUAGUGGUGUUAUAAUUAGUUAAAAAAUAAUUAUUUUUUAGGUUUAAUGAUUUCAUUAAUGGGUUUAAAGUGUUUAGAAAGUAAUCUAGAAUUAUUGUAGUUGGAUAAGAAUAAGAUGAAUUGAGAUGUUUUUAGGAGUAUAUAAAAAAUAUAAUUCCCUUUACUAACAAUUGGUAAGAUAUAUAUGAUUUUAUUGCUGAAUAACCAACAUUCUUUGAGAUAAAUGUAUAAAGUGUAUUUUGAUUAUGAUUAGAGUAUUCUUGUGAAGGAUAGAAUUACGAAAUAAAAAUAAUUAUUGAAGAGAAUUUAUGAGAAAAUAUAGGUGCCUGGUGAUGAAUUUAAGAUUUAAGUCUUUCUCAAAAAGAAUCCUCAUCCUAAUAUACUUUAAUAUAAUUCUCAUUAUGUUGAAGAUAGGAAAUAAUUUAUUUCUUUGGAUUAUUAUAAAUAAGGAACUUUGAAAAAUAUUUUUAAUAAAUUUAGGAAUCAUAUCCCAUUGAACAUAGUAAGGAAAAUUAUGGAAUAAUUAUUAAAUGGUAAAAUAUUUUUAUAUACACUUCAGGUUUGGAUCAUCUUCAUUCUAAUGGAAUUAUGCAUAGAGAUAUCUAACCAGAAAAUAUUAUAGUUACUAAUUUUGAUGAGAUUUAAAUUAAGAUUGCUAAUUUUACUCUUUCUGUUUUUGGUGAAUAGUUUACUAGAUUUUGUGGAAAAAAAUGUUAUGCGGCACCUGAAGUUGUUAAUCAUUUUAUUCAUACAAAUAAGUGUGAUAUUUAUAGUGCAGGAGUAGUAUUUUAUGAAUUGUUGAAUUGUAAACAGAUUUAGAGACAUUUUGAUCCUUAAAUUGCUUGCAUUGAAUUAAAAAAAUAAGGAUUAAAUGACUAAGCAGUAGAUUUAGUCACAUAAAUGUUAGACAUUGAUCCAAUCAGGAGAUUAAAUAUAGAUGAUUGCUUAAGUCACAAAUUUUUUACUGAUGAAGAAUCCUAAGUCUCAAAUUAGUAAUAUAUAUAAUUAUGAUUUAGUAAGUAUCUAUUAAAUAAGAAUUAAGUGAACCCCAAGCUAUCUUAAAUUAAUAAUUGUUGAUU